GAUCUCGGUCGCACGCGGACCUCGAGCCCGGAGCUUCUCCAUCGUCAUGGUGAUGUGAGUGUGCCGCGGUAAGCUUAGACGUCGCUCCCGUUGUCGUCGUCGUCGUUGUUGUUGUUGUUGUCGUUGUGCUUUCGGCUUUCGCUUCCCGAUCGACGCCACGCCUGAUGUGCUCACAGGAGCCGCCUACUCUCGGAUGCGAUGCAAAUACUUGCAUGCCGCUACGGUCGUGUCCUAUUUUUCAUAGCGGCCGCCUCCCAACUCGUCUGUGCCGAUAACGGAGGACUACUGUCGUCGCUGCUGGGCUACCCGGACACGUGCGUGUUCCGCGGGCACCUCCACUCGUGCACGUUCUCGCUGGCAUGCUGGCUGGUCGGCGGGAGCCUGGAGGGCGGCUGCGGGCGGAGCAAGGGCCAGGGCUCCCACGGGCACAUGGAUCUCGUCACCGACUGGCUCUUCACCUGCUGCAUCCCCGCCAAGCCCCAAAUCGCCCCCGCGCCACCCCCGCUCCUCGCCACCCCCGUCAGAAGGGAUGAAACCUCCAACUUCAUCGAUCGCGUCAAUUCACAAGUAGAGUGCGGCGUGCCGAAUUACAACUUCCAGAAGCGGAUUAUUGGAGGCGAUGAGGCGUUGUUCGGCGAAUUCCCAUGGCAGGCACACAUUCGUAUUGCUGGUCUUCAGUGUGGUGGGGUCCUCGUCGCCCAUAAGUACGUUGCAACGGCCGCUCACUGUAUCCACAGGGCACGGCUGAAGGAUAUCAUCGUGUUUCUGGGUGAACUUGACACGGAGAAUACGGGACAGUACUGGGAGCCACUCCCUGAGGAGCCUUUCAGGAUCAUAAAAAAAUUCGUCCAUCCCAAAUUUCAGUUCAAAGUUUCGCAACCUGACAGGUAUGAUUUGGCGUUGAUCAAAUUAGCCAAGCCUGUUCGGUUUCAAGACAAUAUAAUUCCAAUUUGCUUGCCAGAACUAGGCACAUCUUUCUAUGGUGCGUCAGGUGUCAUUGCAGGCUGGGGAAAGACGGAUACGAAAUACGGUAAAACUGGGACAAAUAUCUUGCACAAGGCAACCGUUCCGAUCCUGAGUGACGAUGAGUGCUUGCAGUGGCACCGACAGAAGAACAUCCACGUGGAGCUCUACACGGAAAUGUUUUGUGCGGGUCAUAGCGACGGACAUAUGGAUGCCUGCCUUGGUGAUUCAGGGAGUCCUCUCGUUGUGCAAGAUGACCUUAAUGGGCGUUGGAUUUUGGCCGGUAUUACGAGCGCCGGGUUUGGAUGUGCAGUCGACCACCAGCCAGGGAUAUACCAUAAGGUUGCCCUCACAACUAACUGGAUUUUGAAAAUUCUCCAAGAGGACCCGUGACCCAAUUGACCCUCUCUCCUAUUGAUAAAAUUUUAAGUUAGAAAAGUCUCAAAUUAGUACUCAUACUUCUUAUUUUUCGCCCGAAUUCACAACGGGUGAGAAAGUAAAAGUGUGAGUACUGUGCUGAUACAACCCAAUGAAGGAGGAAAAAGGAGCAUAAGUCUCAAGUUUUUUUUUCUGGGAGGGCACUAAACCUUAAAUAAAGAGGUGACUGAAGUUAUACUUUUUACUGGCUUUGCACAUCGUUGGCUACUAUUUUGCUUACUUCCAGUGACAGAAAAGCCACUAAAGUCAAAGUAGGUAGCACAGAUUGAGAUUAAUUCCUACUACAUGGUAAAGUUAUUACUACUAGGCUAGUGUUGUGUACGUUGUAUAUUCACUGGUUGAAUGGGCUCCUCCGAUUGAAAUUUAUUGUGAUAAAAUAGAAUCUGUCGAUUCGAAAACGACCAUCUUGGGCAGAUGAAAUUUUUCAGGUGAUGAAAACUGCGUAACAGCCGGAGAAAGAGUAUUUCUCCAUAAACAAAGUAAGCCCGGGAAAAACCCGAGUUGGGUCGUUUUAGAACUGAAAGAUUCAAUUUAAAAAGGCUGCAAUUUCCUUACCUUUCUCACACACAAGGGCACUUGAUCGAUCAUUUAGAGUCAAUAUUAAUUGACCGAAUGAUCUAAAAAUGCUGCAUUUUUAUUGCAUUGAAUUACAAAAUUGACUUAAUAUUUCUGUUGCCCUGUGCUACUUGAAAAUAGAGGCUUCCUAUGAAGUUGGACUAAAAUUGAUUCUAGUAAACAGUAUGCAGUCUUUCGGUAGGAACCACCAAAACCAAGUUAAAUUGUGAAAGACUUCCUCUAAAAUUAUGUAAUAAGAUGAGUUGCCAAUUCACUCUCUUUUUUUGUUGAGUAAAGAAUUUUACAAUGAGGGCUUAUAAUUGGAUGAUAUGCAUACCAACACCAGCGCAAAGAAAUUGAGAGCAAAAAAGGUUAAUAAAGCAACAACUUUGAUUUCUUACAGGAAAAUGCCUUGAAAAAUGAUGGCAAUUGACAUUAUUUCUGUGCCAUUGCAGCCAACAGGCAGUAAGGAUUUUCAUUGACAUCUUAAAUUGACAAGUACCAUAAAAUUUCAGCUGAAGUUACACGAGGCAGGGAAAAAAAGAGGAAGAUCUAAUCCAACAGAGGUCAGUUAUUGAACUAUCAGUGUCGGUGAAAAUAAUUGUGUGAGACCACCUGAUAGAGCAGAAGCAUGUUGAGUGAAACUUAACAAUAGGCUCAGAAGAUAUAAUUAGAGAUAUUUGAUGGAUGUUUAUAGGAAACUUAAUAGUGUAAUUUCUUCAAAGAUCCUUGGAGCCCUCCUACAUUAUCUUCACUAUCCCUGGUGGUGGGUUAUCUAGACAACAACUGAUUUCAAAAGCCCAUCACUGCAUUGUAAAAAAAAAUGUAUUCCACUAUUGUUGGUGUAAAUUGAAAUAAUUUAUUGUAAUAAAACUUGUUUUCGUUAAAAAAAAAAAAAAAAAAAAAAAAAAAAAAAAAAAAAAAACUUGUAAAUUAAUUUGUAUGUUGAUACCUUCUAUCAAUCAUGACUAGACAAAAUAACAUCUCUCCUAGCAAAUUUUAAUAAUAGAUCGUAUUCGAUACAUCAAACGGGUUAGUUUGUAUCAAUAUUGAUUGGUUCAAAACAUAAACAUAGCCUAAAAAGUCAAUUGAGUAAUCUGACGGAACAGGUUUUUUGUGAUAGCAUUAGAUUUAAGCAUUGCAUAGAUUUUUGAUUUGCAUGAGUACUAAUUGGCCACGGGUAGUGAAAUUGCAAGGAAUUUUCUCAGUAUCAGCUUAUCUGACAAACAUAUUAAGAUUUUGGUUUGAGGUUAUGUUCUGUUGUUUUGAACCAAAUGAUACAUCGAACCACUGUCGAAUACAAUCCAUAUAUAAUUAUGGUUCCUUAUUAUUAAUGAUUGUAAUAAAUUCUUCUAUGAGAGUCCAAGCCAGCUUCUGUUUGAAAAAUCAUAAGGUGACAGAAGAAUAACUAAUAAAAGGAUUUAAGGUUAUUUUCACUGUAAUUCCAAGUAAAUACAAAAUAAAGUUCACAAAACGAAUGAUAAAGGAGAGAUAAACAGGGUGGGCUACAACAUAAUCCAAGGGUCAGAAAAACCAACUAAAAGUCUUAGUUGAGGUGUUGAUGGUUUUAAAAUAUCAUCUGUUCAGUCAUGUCUGCUAGAUGAGACUUGCUGAUAAAACAUUGCAAGUUAAAAAAAAAAAAAAAACCAGUGGAUGAAG